UUCGUUCGGCGAGUUCGGCGGGGGGGCUAUCUAACGCUAGGCUAACCGACAGCCACCGACAGCGCAUGAACUAAAGUCCGGAGAAAUAACGACCUUUCUCGGGUUCUCGUCCGCCGUGUGAAGAAGGCGACCCGCGUACCGGGCUGUUCUCAGUCAGCGAGUGAAAAGUUUGGCAGAGCUAAAACUUGCCGGAUGGUUCCCUUAAUAGUCCGAGGCCCACGAUCCGCGGCGCUCGGGUGAACGAGCGCCCCCCGACUCGACGUGACUUCGCCGAGGGGACUUUCGCCGCUCAUCUGGUCGCCAAGCGACACUCCGCCUUAUCGACUCGUCGCAACCGAAGCCCCUUCUCUUCGCAAUGGCGCACACCGGGCCCCCCCCCAGGUGGCGAAACUGUCCCAGGAGAGGACAACCUGUGGCAGGUAAAUUCCUGCCAAUGAAAACAAUGUUGGGUCCCAAAUAUGAUGACAAAGUUCUAGAGGAGAAUAGGUUUCACCCAAGUAUGCUGUCAAACUUUUUAAAAAGUUUAAAGGUGAAAAUGGGUUUGCUUGUGGAUUUGACAAACACUACUCGUUUUUAUGACCGAAACGACAUUGAAAAAGAAGGCAUAGAAUAUGUGAAACUUCAGUGUAAAGGCCAUGGAGAAUGUCCUUCACCAGAGACCACUGAGAUGUUCAUCACACUGUGUGAAAAUUUCAUGGAGAAGAAUCCUACUGAGUUAAUCGGUGUUCACUGCACGCACGGCUUCAAUCGGACAGGCUUUCUGAUAUGUGCAUACUUGGUGGAGAAAAUGGACUGGAGUGUGGAGGCAGCUGUAGCUGCAUUUGCCCAGUCCAGAGCUCCUGGGAUCUACAAGGGAGACUACCUCAAAGAGCUUUUCCGUCGGUAUGGCGAUGUGGAGGACACACCCGCUGCCCCUGCUCUCCCGGAGUGGUGCUUUGAGGAUGAUGAUGGGGACGGGGAUGAUGAUGGGAAUGUAAUUGGCCAGGAGUCAGGUCCCAGCUCCUCUGGGUCAGCGCCUGGCAAACGGAAGAAAGAGAAGUUGAAACUGGGUGCAGUAUUCCUGGAAGGUAUUUCGGUUAAAGGCGUCACGCAGGUCACCACUCAGCCCAAACUAGGAGAGGUCCAAAGAAAAUGUCAGGAGUUUGCCGAGUGGGAAAAGAGUGGUUUUCCGGGUGCUCAACCUGUGUCCAUGGACAGGCAGAACCUCCAUUUUCUAGAACGGAAUCCCUACAAAGUCAGCUGGAAGGCUGAUGGCACACGGUACAUGAUGUUGAUCAAUGGAAAGAAUGAAGUGUACAUGAUUGACAGAGACAACACCAUCUUCCACAUAGCCAACCUAGAGUUCCCUUUCCGCAAAGAGCCACGCAUCCAUUUAUCGAACACUUUACUGGAUGGGGAGAUGAUCAUUGACAAGGUGAAUGGUCAGCCCGUUCCUCGCUACCUGAUCUACGACAUUAUCAAAUUCAAUGGACAGCCAGUCGGCCAGUGUGAUUUUAGUAUCCGGCUGUUGUGCAUAGAAAAGGAGAUCAUUUCUCCACGAAUGGAGAAGAUGAAGACGGGACAGAUUGACAAAACCAAGGAGCCCUUCAGUGUCCGAAAUAAGCCCUUCUUUGACAUCAAUGCAUCUCGCAAGCUAUUGGAAGGCAGCUUCACAUCCCAAGUCAGCCAUGAAGUGGAUGGGCUUAUCUUCCAGCCAUGUGGGAAAUACAAACCCGGGAGGUGUGAUGACAUCCUUAAGUGGAAGCCCCCCUGUCAUAACUCUGUCGACUUUCGCCUCAAGAUCACCAAAGUUGGAGGAGAAGGGUUGCUCCCUCAGACUGUCGGCUUGCUGUACGUCGGCAGUUACGACAGGCCCUUUGCGCAGAUGAAGGCCACCAAGGAGCUGAAGCAGUACGACAACAAGAUCAUCGAGUGCACCUUUGUCAACAACACCUGGGUGUUUAUGAGGCAGAGAGUGGACAAGAGCUUCCCCAACUCCUACGACACAGCGAUGGCUGUUUGCAACAGCAUCAAGCAUCCCGUCACUAAGGAAAUCCUCUUGGAGUUUUUGGACCGCUGUGCCCAGGGAGUUCACGCACAGAACCGGAAACAUCCGCCGGACCCAGACAGCGAACUGAUGCCCCCACCCCCUCCGAAGAGACCCAACCGCACCAUCCCGUAGCGCCUGUUCUGGACUUUUCCACGGUCGAAGUGUCUCUCCAGUCCACAGCACCAGCCGCAUCACACACACACCCCCCCCCUCCGCAGAAAACUUCCACCACAAGGCAUUCUCAUCUCCAGAACAUCUACAGGCCCAGAUAUCUAAAAACCUAAGAAAUCUUUGAUUGACAGCCUAACUUGUCAGAUAUACCUUCUAGAAUUGCUUGUAGUUUUAAUUGCUAAUGUUCUUAUUAAAGUGGAAUACUUGAUGCUCUGUUUAUUUUUUUCUAUUUAUCUUUUUUAAAGUCUGAGCUAAUUAGUAUUUAUCAACAGUGGAAUUGUUAUGACUGCAAGUGCACCUGACUAUGCAGCCCUUGUUUACGUUUUGUCGAGCAGUUGCUUGUUUGUCUUUGAGAUUAAGCAUAU